AUGUCUAUUUUUACAAUGUAUUAAUCUAGAACAAAAUCAGCUCUAUCUAAAGUUUAAUCAUUUGGGGUUGUAACUUCUACUCCUCUUAAAACAUGCAAACCACAAUACUAGGAUAGACAAUAAUUGUAUAACAAUCAACUCAUGUAAAAAGCAUUGAUUCAAUUGGGCAAAAAGGCAAAAGAAAAUAAAAUUAACUCUCAUACUUAUCAAGUUACUGAUACUAUUGUUUAAGUAAAUUAUUAUCCUUAUCAGGCAAAUCAAGAUACUACAUAAUAUAAUACUGGCAAAAAGUAGGUUUUAUUUAGAGGAAUUGAUUCAUAAAGUGAUCCUACAAGAAAUUUACAUUACAUUUUCUUAUAAAACUAAUCUCAAGUUGAUGAUUCAUAAUGAA